AUGAAAUUCGCCACCGUGUACAAGGCGCGGGACAAGAGCCAGGAGCGCAUCGUGGCCAUCAAGAAGAUUAAACUUGGACACAGGUCAGAAGCUAAAGAUGGUAUCAACAGAACAGCCCUCAGAGAGAUAAAGUUGUUACAGGAGCUAAGCCAUCCAAAUAUUAUUGGUCUUCUAGAUGCAUUUGGACACAAAUCAAAUAUUAGCUUGGUGUUUGAUUUUAUGGAAACAGAUCUAGAGGUUAUUAUUAAGGAUACUAGUAUUGUGUUGACACAGUCUCACAUCAAAGCAUAUAUGCUGAUGACGCUUCAAGGAUUAGAAUAUUUACAUCAGCACUGGAUUCUACACAGGGAUUUAAAACCCAAUAAUUUGCUGUUAGAUGAAAAUGGAGUUUUAAAAUUGGCCGACUUUGGCUUGGCCAAGUCAUUUGGAAGUCCAAAUAGAGUCUAUACGCACCAAGUAGUAACAAGGUGGUACCGAGCCCCAGAACUUUUGUUUGGUGCUAGAAUGUACGGUGUAGGUGUUGAUAUGUGGGCUGUUGGUUGCAUUUUAGCUGAAUUACUCCUUCGGGUUCCGUUUUUGCCAGGAGACUCUGAUCUUGACCAGCUGACACGGAUAUUUGAAACUCUGGGCACUCCAACUGAAGAACAGUGGCCUGGAAUGACUAGUCUUCCAGAUUAUGUCACAUUUAAGUCCUUUCCUGGAAUGCCGCUUCAGCAUAUCUUCAGUGCAGCUGGUGAUGAUUUGCUUGAUCUCCUGCAAGGCUUGUUCACAUUUAAUCCUUGUGCAAGGGUUACAGCUACUCAGGCAUUGAAGCAGAAGUACUUUAGUAAUCGACCAGGACCCACUCCAGGAAGUCAGCUUCCCAGACCCAACUGCCCUGCAGAAGCUGUAAAGGAGCAACAAACUGCACUUUUAAAUUUAAAAAGAAAGAGAACAGAAGGAAUAGAUCAAGGUUUACCCAAAAAAUUGAUUUUUUGAUCACGGUGGAUGGUGGAUGAAAAUGAGUGAUAAAUGACCCGAGUCCCAACCAUUGGCAAAUGCUGUAAUAGUCACUGGAUGGUUAUUUUGUAAUAUUUUCAAUGUAAAAUGUGAAGUCAGUACUUCAUUACUGAAUCUGAGGUUUCAUUAACUUUUUUUUU